UUUGUUCAUUCUAUUAUCCCAGUAACUAGCAUUUGAUAAAAUUAUGAUAGCAUUGUUGUUCAGAUGUUAAUAUUUUACUUAGUAGUAGUAGUCAAGGAAGAUUUCAUUAAACGAUAAAUCUACACUUAUAAAACGUUUGCAAAAUGUUAAAAGUCAUACUCUUACUGUUUUUACAAAUAUGUAUUAGCACUUUGUUCCCAGGAUUAUUUGCACAAGAAUGUUUCAAUGACAGUAACAAAUUCUAUUGUCAAUUAAAUACAAAAACACCAUAUAGGUUUGUAGCUAAUUAUAAUGAUUCUCAACUUCACUAUCCAGGAUGUACAGAAAAAAAAAUUUGGAUGAUGAUACGUCAUGGUACCAGAUUUCCUGGAAAAAAGCAUAUUAAAAAAAUGAAAACAAUACUGUCUGAACUAAAGAAUAAGAUCAUUGAAAACUUUAAUAAAAAUAAUUCAGAGUUAUCGGUUGACACGGUUGAAAGAUUAACCGAAUGGAGAAGGUCUUUCAACAAAGAUGAUGAUAAGAACUUAGCUCUUGAAGGAGAACAUGAACUUGUUGAUUUGGCAGAAAGAAUGCAAGCCAGAUUCCCAAAACUCUUGCCAGAAGAUUAUAGCAAAGAUGUAUAUAAGUUUAAGUACACUAACACUCAGCGAGCUGAGAAGAGUGCAAAAUCUUUUGCUCUUGGAUUGUUUGGACAAAAUCAAAGUAUGAGUAUUGGGUUUCCAGAAGCUGAAAAUAAAGAUCCUAUACUGAGGUUCUAUAAGAGGUGUGAUCGAUGGAAAAUUGAAGUUGACGAAAAUCCUGAAACCUACAAGGAGAAAAACUCCCUGAUACAAAGCCAAAUUUUAGGGAAAGUUUUAGAUAAUGUAUCCAAACGUGUUGGAUUUAAAGUUAAUUAUGAGGAAGUGUACUACUUAUAUAUGAUUUGUGCAUUUGAAACAGCAUGGGAUGCAACGAAAAAUUCAUCAUGGUGUGAUUUACUUUCACUAGAUGAUGUAAAGGUAUUAGAAUAUGUGGAAGAUCUAGAAUUGUAUUGGGUUGAUGGGUAUGGCCAUGAAUUAACUUAUAAACAAGCAUGUCCAGCUCUUAGAGAUAUGUUUACAUUUUUUGAUUCAUCUGAAAAAGCUCUAGCAACAGCAUAUUUUUCACAUUCUGGUACAGUACUCAAACUUUUAUCGAUUCUUGGAGUAGCAAAAGAUGAUAAGCCUCUUACUUUUCAAUCCUAUUCUUCACAUUUGAAUUCAAGAAAAUGGAAGUCAAGUUUGAUUGAUGCUUUUGCAAGUAACAUAGCUUUCGUUUUAUACGACUGUGAAAAGCAAGGAUCUAGUAUCCUUCUAUUACACCAAGAACGUGAAGUUCAGAUACCAGGUUGCUCAUCAAAAUCAUUAUGUCCAGUAUCACAAAUGAAAGAUAUCUUCCCAGAUACUGAACAAGAAUGUAGAUUCAAUGCUCUCUGCUCAGUUUAACCAUUGUACUUAUAAGAAGUGACUGUAUAAGUUGAUUAAGUAUUAGUUUUUAACACCAACUCAUGACACUGGUGAUAAGAUCAAAAUUAAUCAAUGACAUAUUUAUAUAUUUUAUUUAUUUUUUAAAAAUUUUACA